UCAUUUCCUUAUCUGUAACAACUUAUGCCGAAACUUUGCAUGCUGCGAAACCGCAACUCGGCGGGUUUCUGUAAACAUUUCUCUUUGCCGGAACAUAAACAGAAAUGAAUGCGAACCGCUCGGCGACCGCUGGGGUUACUAUCCGGACGCGAUCGACCAUACUUGGCUGCUGAAACAUAAGUUGCACCUUCAUUGCCCUUUUUUUUUGUUUGCAUGUUCCAAUCCGUUGCCGCGGGAAAUUCAAUUCGACAGCCUUUUUCGUUUAGACGCGAUGACGCAAGCGCAUCAUCCGAUCCGAGAGGAUCCGUCCGAGCCGAAGCCGAUGCUGUACGCCGAACGUACACCGUGAACGGCCGAACGCUAGAACGUGCCAGUUGACCGUGAGCAUCGGUCCCGUAAGGAUGGUUUCGCCACCGUUUGGCAGACCACACAUUCGUUCCUUCAUUCGUGUCACUGAUAAGUGGAAAAGCCGCGAAAACUUCGACGGUGGUUCGGUUCGUUCCGGAUAGUUUAUUUGUUUUGUGUUUUGGGGGCGUAAUUUUUCUUACGCCUCAUUGCUGUCCCGGUGUCUGGUAAGGGCAAGGACCGGGUGAUCGCUGUUAGGUGGGAUGGCCGGCAUAGGGAGAGGAGAAUUUUUCCGUUUUACGAUCAUGGCCAUACGUGUUGGGGAUAUAGGAAUUUUUGGGAUAUGAUUAUCCGUUAUGAGUUAUUGUGGUUUUGUGGUUUCCCCUCACUCUCUGUGUGGUGGAAAGUGUGAUAAACUAUUUUUGGAAAAAUCAUUCCAUGCAUUCCGUUUCGUCACCUCAGUACAAAGUGGAGUGUGAGAAAUGUUGGUACAAUCGAAGGAAAUGUGACACACGACGCAACAACACAACAAUAUGUGAGUGUGUGUGUGUUCGAAAAGUGAUAGAAAUCGAAGGAAAAAGACCCUUUCUACGAACACUACCCCUAGUGCUGCUGCAACUAAAAGAUAGUGAUUCCGUGGUACUUAAAAGCAUAAUUAAUCGUAAAGAUUGUCUCGUUCGAUCGAUCUCUUCUACUCAGCAUUCUUUUGCCGGAGGUUUUCGAUCUCGAACCCUGACGUAAUGUGUGUGUGUGUGUGUGUGUGUGUGAGUGUCCACGUGAGCAAUUUAACGAGGUGGAAAGUGAGAAUUUCCCCGAUGGACUGACUGGACUUGUUGCUUUCGCCACCUGUCACCCGAUAAACCCGACCAUCGAUGGGAUUGCCAUGGUUGUGUCUGGGAAGUGACAUAAAUGUGUCAAGUUUCGUAAUUGGAAGACAACCAUUAUUGAGCGAAGAAAGCAAGUGUGCGGAUUAAUUUAAUGAAACCAAAGUACGGACGAACGGCUGGAAAGAGCACGUGCAUAAUAUGCUUUCUCGGUAACGAGUACCAGUUAAAAGCAUCGUAUACUGACAUCCUGCACAAAAAGUUGCACAAAAAGAACCGCUUCAUGGACGGAUGUGCCAUUUCGUACCACUUUCGUGCGUGAAGAAAAUACCUCCCAGGAGAAGGCACAGUUCGCCAUGCACGCGUUCGGGUGGAUAAAAUCGGUCUUCAAAUCGUACGAAAGAAAAUCCUUCGUCUGCAAAGCGUUGGUGUAAAGUGAUAAAAGCGAAUUGCGGGAAAAAAAACCUUCCAGUUCCGGAAGUUCGUGGUAAACCCGGGACUAGGGUCGUUGCUUCAACUACCGACCAAGCGGAAAUUGUAUAUGAGAGUGUGUGUAUGUGUAUUUGCGGGAAUGAAAAAAGAAGGUGAAAUCGAAAAGGAAAUCCAUCAUGCUGCAGUAUCCCGCCUGCGUGCGAGCCGCGUACGUCUGUUCGGUCAAGCAAACACAAGCCCGAUAAUCCAUGACCGGAACCAAUAUUGGAAGCGUGGCGGUGAAAUCAUGCGAACGAUUUGAGUGGAACAGAAUAUAACGAAAAAAUAAAAUAAAAGAGGCGUGAGAAGUUUUUGCCUUCACUCUGCCUUUCGGACAAUUUCUAUGAACGUGUUUUUUUUUUUCUACUCAACGUUGCUUUUCCAUGGUGCCUCACGGUACUAGGGAGGCACAUCAUAAGCUCCGAGCAGUCGUAAAGUGAGGAAACAAAUUUACAAAACAAAAAAAAAAAUAAGUAAACCAAGAAAAAAAAAGUAAGAUAUCGUUAGUGGUGAGAGUGGCUACAUUAUCAACAACAGUGAGCAAAAUGCUACCGUAAAUGAAAGUGAAAGUACGCCUCGGUGCGUAUGUGUGUGUAUGUGUGUGGUUUGAAAGCAUCAGUAAGUCGUGUGGCUAACCCAAGCGUAAUAUUAAUCACAACACAACAAUGAGCUCGACGGAAUUGGGAGAAUUUGUAAUAAAUGUCACCGAUGGGCCGCACGGUGUGGCCGGCGAUGAGGACGGUGCCAACAUCUCGACCACCGCCACCACACACCUGCUGUACUGUGGCAAAGCGCUGGAUGAUUUCCACACCAGUUACGCAAAAGCGCACGGAAUCGUUUGUCUGCUGGUGUGCAUCUUUGGCAGUAUCGCCAACACGCUCAACAUUGUGGUACUGACGCGGCGUGAGAUGCGAUCACCGACCAAUGCGAUCCUGACCGGGCUGGCGAUCGCCGAUCUGCUGGUCAUGCUCGACUAUAUGCCGUACGCCAUCAACUCCAUCCCUUAUCUGAGGCUUUCGCGCGAAGAACGGCUCACCUAUGGUUGGGCAUGGUACAUCAUGUUUCACUCCAUCUUUGCCCAGAUCUGUCACACGAUCUCGAUCUGGCUUACGGUAACGUUAGCCAUCUGGCGUUACAUUGCCGUCGCCUAUCCGCAGCGUAACCGGCAGUGGUGUGACAUGUCGAAAACGCUGGCCGCAAUCUGCAGUUCGUACCUCGUGUGCCCAUUUCUGGCCGUACCGAUCUACCUCUCCUUCAGCAUCCAGUCCAACGUGGAGCUGCUCGGUUGCGAUGGCAACACACUGUCGGUGGACGCUAGCGGUAACGCAACGCCAGCUCGCAACGUGACACUGUAUCGGCUCGGUACGUCACAGCUGGUGCGCGACAAUCCGGCUCUGCUGAACGUUAACUUUUGGAUCUACAGCGUCGUCUUUAAGCUGAUCCCCUGCAUUGCCCUAACGAUUCUCAGUCUGCGAUUGAUCGGUGCCCUGCUGGAGGCGAAACAACGCCGCAGCCAACUGACCGGUACGGCCACCGGACUGAAGCAAAUCGUUGACGGCCGUGUGGUGGAUGCGAAAGCUGGCAAACAAACGGACAAGGAGAAGCAAACGGAUAGGACCACGCGCAUGCUACUGGCGGUGUUGCUGCUGUUCCUCAUCACCGAGUUCCCCCAGGGGAUACUCGGCUUACUGAGCGCGGUAUUAAAAAAGGACUUUUUCUUCAACUGCUACCUCAAACUUGGUGAUGUGAUGGACGUACUGGCGUUGGUCAACUCAGCGAUUAACUUCAUCCUCUACUGUUCGAUGAGUCGCCAGUUCCGCAGCACAUUUAACGAUCUGUUCCGGCCGCGCAUCCUGGACCGCUGGAUGGCAGUGCCGCAGGGCGAGGACGAACAGGCGGUCCGUGGCCAACAUCAGGACGGUGCGACAACGCAGAUUACUCAGAUAUAGCGCACGCCGGGACGUCCUACCAGUCAUUGUCACGGUUGCUUUGGACAGUUUGCGACCGCACUGGCGGGCGUUUUAAUUAGCAAUCGGCAAACAUCGAGCCGUGACGACUGUGCAAUGCUCUAGCGACGUCCCACCACAGCACUACUGUGCAUACAAACCUUUUUCUCUUUUGUGUACCCCUUUACGGCCGGGCCUUUCCGGUAGACCUGACGACACUGACGUACUUAUUCGGGCAGUGCCAAACUAGCCAAAAGUUUGCUCGUCCGGCUCGUCCCAUCUAAUUACUUAACCGCGGCGCCGAACAAUUCCCGUGGCGCGCUAGAUGGCGCUUUCAGCACUACCGUUUUGGGGGAGCGAUUUGGGGGCCGUUACUAUUAGCAGAUAAUGGACAUUACACACGCACACACUGGGCACAAAAUGAAAUCGAACCAUCGAAAUGAAUGGAUUUUCUAAUAAAACACUGUUUGCUUCCGUUUACUACCGCUUUGUCGCGCAUUCGCAAGUAUGGAAUAUUUAAACCAGAUGCGUUACACACUAAUGAAGUGAAACAAAACCAAAAAAAACCUAUUAUAGUCUAUUUGUAAAUGUACGGUGCAGGUUAUAGUAGUAACAAAUAAAAUAUGAAAAAAAGCAUACCAAAAACUUUGAGAGACAACAAAAGUGAUCGGCAAAGUCAGAUUCGCAAAAUGCUCCCGGGGGUCGGCGCUUAUGUCACGGCUUUGCUGUUUAGGUUCAGGCUCGUUCAAUGUUCACCGCACGAUGGACAACAAAACCGCACGAGCCAGUGAUACGUGUCAUUCGUUAAAUUCUAAAAUAAGCAAAUGUUGUACAAAAACCGUUUUGUCAGUUGGCGAAAAAUAUGUGUUUCAAGCUGCAGAUGGUCUUUUUUUAUUGUUUUUAGUUCACCAAUUAUCGCAUCGUUGGAAGGAGAAGAAACUUUGAUGACGUAGAUGGUAUUAGAGUUAGCGAAACUAUCGUUAAAUAGAGUUGAUAUACGUGUAAUAUAUUUUUACGUUACGUAUAUUUGUCAAGAAAUUUAACCUGUACCGUUGCGUUAAUGAAUAAAGGCCUUUUGAAAUUAUAGCAAA